AUGCCCUUCACGCCUGACCAACCUUUACGCAUGGCUCCUCCUGCUUCCGUCUCUGUUCAAGGGAUGGGUUUGCGUCUGGGUUCAUGUGAUGAUUUGUUUGAACAAUCCGCUCUGCUUCCUCCCGAGUCGCCUCCUCCGGUACACUCGUCACCCAAUUCCAGGAGUCUGUCCUCACCCUCGUUCUGCCAUGCCUACAGGGCGUAA